AUGGCUGAAGAAUACGAAGGUGCGGAUUUUGAGUCUGAAGAGGAGGCCUUUGAGGAAGUAAUUGAAGAGGAGGCUGAAACAAAUGCAGAUAAUGUCACUUACGUAACUUCGGGUGAACCACCACGAACCCAACCUGGGAUGAGCAUGCCACCAGCUGGCCCAGUAGAAAAGAGUAAGCGCAUUACCACACCCUAUCUGACCAAGUACGAACGGGCUCGAGUGUUGGGUGCUCGCGCCCUCCAGCUUUCCAUGUCCGCCCCAGUCAUGGUUGAGUUGAGUGGGGAACGUGAUCCCCUCAAAAUUGCCGAGAAGGAACUACGUGCUAACAAAAUUCCCAUUAUUAUCAGGCGCUAUUUGCCCGACGGGAGUUUUGAAGACUGGAAUCUGGAUGAGCUGAUUCUCGUGGACUAA